UCUUCACUGUAACCUUUAACCGUGACUUCAGCUCGCAUAAUUGAUUUGCGUGAAAUUAUUGCUUGCCAGCAGACAGGGUUGCAAUAAAUGUCAAAAUGUUGACACAUUUUAGAAACAUUCUUCGGCUACACCAAUGUAAAGUUUCAGGAAAUAUUAAAAAUGAUAAGCAGUCUGUCUAUAAGACUUUGAGGCAGUUUUCGUCAGCUCAAACUGGUAAUCGUAAAGUUUUAAAGAUCGGAGUACAAGGAGCUGGAUUCGACAAAGGACAAAGGAAACCUGGGGUGGAACGUGGACCUACAACGAUAAGAAGUUCUGGAUUUAUCGACUUUCUUCGGGAUGAAGUUGGUCAUGAUGUUGUGGACUAUGGCGAUUUAAAGUUUGAAGUUGAGGAGAGAAAAUCCUUGGACACAUCGUCAUCGUCCACUGUGGCACUAAGGAAUGUUGUUGAAGUUGGAAAGGCUAAUUUACUGAUAUCAAAAUCUACAGCAAAAAUAAUUGGGCAAGAGAAACGCAUUCCGCUUACUCUAGGUGGUGACCAUUCUAUUGCUAUUGGAACGAUUCAUGGGGUGUCCGAGGUGGUGCAAGAUCUCGCCGUUUUGUGGGUUGACGCUCAUUGUGACAUUAACACGCCAGGAUCAACCCCCACUGGAAAUAUGCACGGAAUGUCUCUCUCAUUUCUACUCAAGGAGUUGAAGGGUCAUGGAAUACCAGAAUUUUCUUGGGCAAUUCCCAGGAUUUCAGCCAGGAAUUUAGCAUACAUUGGAUUGCGUUCUGUUGACGCUGGAGAAAGAAAAUUAUUGGACAACUUAGGAAUCACGGCGUACAGUAUGAGAGAUGUUGAUCGCUUGGGAAUUGUUGAAGUAACGCGAUGUGCUCUUGAGAAGAUAGCACCAUCCGGUUCUAAACGACCGUUGCAUAUUAGUUUUGAUAUUGAUGUGUUGGACGACCUAGAGCUUGGGGGUGCUUCAAGUGUGACUGGAACUGCAGUGGAAGGAGGGCUUACUCUCCGGGAGGGGAUGACGCUGUUGGAAGAGGUCCGUGAAAAGGCGAACAUUGUCUCGAUGGACCUCGUCGAAGUAAACCCAGCACUUGGGAGUGACGAAGCUGCCAAACGAACUGCCACGUUGACCAAGCACUUGUUUGGCAGUGUGUUUGGAUAUUGUCGCGGAGGGAUGUAUUUGUCUUAAGAAUAGAAUCGCAAUCAAUAAACAAGUAUUGUGAAGAAAAUGUUUGGAUUGAUAAUUUGAACGACUAAAUACACAAAUUGUGCAUGUUGUGCUUCAAUUGAAA